CGCGACUCAACGUAUAAAAUACUCUGCCUUCGCAGCACUAUCCCCUCAUCACUCUUGACUCAUCGUCCUUUUCAUCAUACGGCACCGAUCUGAAAUAAGCCUGCUGCACGCGACAAGAUUAUUUUCAUUGCGUAAAUCCCCUUAAGCAUGGGUCUGUUGAUCAAGAAGCCCGAGGGUGUGUCCGGGAAGACAUGGCCAGCCAUCGCCAUAGGAAUGUUCGUUGCCGUUGGAGGUAUUUUGUUUGGAUAUGACACCGGUACGAUCAGUGGUAUUCUAGCCAUGCCUUAUUGGCAAAGUUUGUUUUCUACUGGUUAUGUCAAUAGUAGUGGCAAUCCUGAUGUCACGGCAUCCCAGUCUGCUACAAUCGUCUCAAUUCUCUCAGCUGGUACUUUCUUUGGAGCCCUGGGCGCAGCACCUGUCGCCGACGCUAUUGGUCGCCGCUUUGGCUUGAUAGCAUCAACUGUGGUUUUUAUGCUAGGCGUUAUCCUUCAGACUGCUGCCACAGCUAUUCCUCUAUUCCUUGGUGGGCGCUUCCUUGCCGGUUUUGGAGUUGGACUGAUCUCGGCGAUGAUACCGCUUUAUCAAUCUGAAACUGCUCCAAAAUGGUUGCGCGGUGUGAUCGUUGGCUCUUAUCAGUUAGCUAUCACUAUCGGGCUACUACUUGCUUCAAUUGUCAACAAUGGAACCCACGAUCGACAGGAUACUGGGUCUUACCGCAUCCCUAUCGCAGUGCAGUUCGCCUGGGCCAUCAUUCUCAUUGUUGGAUUGCUGAUCCUCCCCGAGACCCCACGAUAUCACAUCAAGAAUAGCAAUCUUAAGGCUGCCGCCAAAGCCCUUGCGAGAAUUAGACGACUCGAUGAGAGCCAUAUUGCUAUUACGGAGGAAAUUGCCGAGAUCCAGGCCAACCAUGAAUACGAGCUAACAUUAGGGGCAGUCACAUACCUAGAUUGUUUCAAAGGAAACCUUCUAAAGCGUCUCCUCACUGGCUGUCUGCUCCAGAGUCUACAACAGCUCACCGGUAUCAACUUCAUCUUCUAUUACGGGAACCAGUUCUUCCAAAACUCCGGCUUUACCAACUCUUUCGUUAUCAGCUUGAUUACCAAUUGCGUCAAUGUAGGCUCGACGUUGCCUGGCCUAUACGCCAUAGACAAAUGGGGACGACGACCAGUUCUUCUGUGGGGUGCAAUCGGGAUGUGCGUAUCGCAGUUUAUCGUUGCGAUCGUUGGGACAACAACUACCAGUCAAGACUCUGUUGGUAACAUCAUCGUGCAUAACGUCGAAGCCCAAAAGGCAGCCAUUGCCUUUAUCUGCAUUUAUAUUUUCUUCUUUGCAGCGUCGUGGGGUCCGAUCGCCUGGGUUGUCACCGGUGAGAUCUUUCCGCUCAAAGUCCGCGCCAAGUCGCUGUCUAUCACCACAGCGUCGAACUGGAUGUUGAACUGGGCCAUUGCAUACAGCACCCCAUAUCUCGUUAAUUACGGCCCUGGCAGUGCGAAUCUACAAUCCAAGAUCUUUUUCGUGUGGGGAGGUUGCUGCUUCAUUUGCAUCGCGUUUGUGUACUUUAUGAUUUAUGAAACGAAGGGGCUCACGUUAGAGCAAAUAGAUGAAUUGUAUGCCGAGGUCAGCGACGCGAGGCAAAGCAUCACUUGGGUUCCUACCAUCACCUUCUCUGAACUCAAGAAAGAGGCUGGCGAAAAGGAGCAUGGGGCUGUGGAAGUCGAGAAGCAUGAAGAUACGACGUAGGACCGUCGGGGCGAGCAAUAGUCUGUUGUCACCUGCUCAUUAGGUCGAAAGACUUGCAAACGAGCUGGCAAGAGAAAACACACGACCAAUGGCUUGUCAUACUCCUCACAACGUCUGCACUACCGUGCAUUCAUGCCCUCUCUCCACGGAACUCCCGAAGCAUAUCCUUAGCUUCAUACACCAUAGUCGAUAAA